AUGGAUGUUGAAUGGGACGCUGAAAAUUUCGAACCUCCAAAUUUAAAACAAUCUAAUGCAAUCAGUCUUGCCGCUGGUUAUAAAUGGGAGGGCGAAGAUGAAGACGAUGACGUCAAGGAUAAUUGGGAGGAUGAAGAAGAAGAAAAAAAAGAUGAAGAAAAACAAGAAGAAGUAAAAGCCAUUCAAGUUAAAAGGAAAAAAAAAAUUGCUGAAAAAAUAGAAGAAAAAGAGAGGAAGGAUAGAGAAGAAGCAGCGAGGAAAUUAGCUGCCAAAGAAGCCAUGAAAAAAUUAACGGCAGAAGAAAAACUAGCUGAAAAAUUAAGGCAGCAAAGGUUACAAGAAGAAGCCGAUUUACAAGUCACUAAAGAAACAUUUGGUAUAAUAGAAACAUCUGAAAGCAUUGAUUCAAUGAAUCCGAAAACGCAAGAGGAAUUUAAUCAUUUUAGCGAAGCUUUGAUGAAAAAAUUAAUGCCACUUUCAACUUCAUUACAUUUUCCUCUAUUUAUGGAAAAUUUUUUGAGAGACAUCAGUGCUACUCUAAAUUUGGCUAAUGUCAAAAGAUUAAAAACUACAUUAGAUUCAGUUUUUAUGGAAAAACAGAAAGCGGAAAAAGCGGAGAAAACUAAAAAGAACAAAGGAAAAGGAAAAGUUAGUUUAAAAGUUGAAGGGGAAAAUGAAUAUUCGGCUUACAGUGUUGGCGAUUACGACGAUUACGACGAUUUUAUCUAA